AUGUCUGACAACCCGUCGUUCCUCAUGCGCGGCAUCGAGGAUGUCACCUUCGAGCAGCGCCCGGUCCCUGAGAUCGUCGAUGACGAAGUCCUCGUUUCGGUAAAGAAGACGGGCAUUUGCGGCUCCGACGUCCACUUCGUCGUUGCGGGGCGUAUCGGCAAUUUCAUCGUUGAGAAGCCUAUGGUGCUCGGUCAUGAAUCAUCCGGUGUAGUCACAAAGGUUGGCCCCAACGUCAAGACCCUCAAAGUCGGCGACCGCGUAGCAAUGGAGCCCGGUGCGACCUGCCGAAAGUGCGAUGCUUGCAAGAGCGGCCGUUACGAGCUCUGCCCGAACAUCGUCUUCGCUGCUACCCCUCCGCACGAUGGUACCCUUGGGCGGUACUACCGCAUCCCCGAGGACAUCUGCUACAAGCUCCCUGACAACCUCACGCUCGAGGACGGUGCCAUGAUCGAGCCCCUAUCCGUCGCAGUACACGCGAUCGCGAACAUCGCCGGCUUCCGUCCGAACCAGAGCAUCGUCGUCUUCGGCGCGGGACCGGUCGGUCUCGCGUGUAUGGCGGCCGCGAGAGCGCUCGGCGCAUCGCGCGUGGUCGCGGUCGACAUCGUGCCCGGGCGUCUCGAGUUCGCGAAGAGCUACGCGGCGACGGACACAUACCUCCCCCCGCCGAUGGAGCCGGGCGAGGCACGCCUGCGCUACUCAGAGCGCAACGCGGCCACCCUGAUGAAGACGCUCGGCAUUGAGGAGCGUGGCCCGCGCUCGAUCGACCUCGUCGUCGACGCGAGUGGUGCGGAGGUGUCGAUCCAGACGGGCAUCAUCGUUGCCAAGACGGGCGGCACGUACGUCCAGGUCGGCAUGGGCAGUCCGGAGAUCGUGAUCCCCGUCACGACGCUCCUCACGAAGGAGCUCACCUUCAAGGGCUCGUUCCGCUAUGGCCCCGGUGACUACCCGCUUGCGAUCGCGCUUGUCGCACAGGGCAAGAUCGACCUCAAGCCCCUCAUCACGCAUAGGUUCAAGUUCGAGGACGCGGAGGAAGCGUUCAAGACCACAAGAACGGGCAAGAGCUCCGACGGCAAGGGGGUCAUUAAGGCAGUCAUCUCCGGUCCUGACGUUUCCCCCGACGAGUACUGA